AUGAAGAUGGAUCCGCAGAGCCCGCUCCUCGAGGAGAUGUCCCGCGACGCCCCGGACCAGGAGGAUCACUCGUUUUACGAAGACACCCCGGCGUACAAAGCCCUCAAGGACGCCAACGUGCUCGAGACCAAGUACCGGCGCUCGAGCGUCGAGGACAUAUUCACGGGCACGGACGUCGUUGCCCGCGCAAACAAGGCGUCGAACCUCGCGGCGCGCUGCGCGCACGGCUACUUCUGCCUCCCGGGCCUCGGCUGCUGCCUCUACCACGCGACGCACAUGGAGCUCUUCGUGCCCGCGGGCCACGUCGGGCUGUUGAUGGACGGCGAGAACCGCUACCUCUUCGCCCAGCCGGGCAUGCACAACAUCCAGUCCAUCUUCAUCCGCAGCGUCGGCACGAAGCCCCUGCGCGGCCUCAUCCAGCACGGCAACCGGACGAUCGUCGUCGUCGAGCAGGGCUACCUCGGCUACGCGCGCGACAACGGCCAGCCCGUGCUCCUGCCGCCGGGCAUCCACGUCUGGACGUCCGAGUCGCUCGAGUUCGUCGAAUCGAAGCCCCUCGACGACCACCUCUGCCACUUCGGGCCCUACACCUUGGUCACGGUCGACGAGGGCUACGCGGCGGUGACCCAAAACAACGGGCGCCAGCACAUCCUCGACGGGGGCUUCACGCACUUCCUCAGCCACAAGAACUGGCGCUUCGAGAAGUUCAUGACCCUCAAGAUCCAGACCGACGAGCUCGAGCGCAUCGAGGCGACGUCCGCGGACAACAUCAACAUGACCGUGACGAGUACUGUGAACUGGCGCAUCAAGGAAGUGAGGGUCGCCGCGACGAUGGCCGCGGAGACCAUGAACUCGUCCGGCACGGGCACGGUCUCCGCGGACAUCUCGAAGCUCCGCCGCGACGUGCUCAAGCAGGCCAUCGCGUCGCUGGCGGGCUUCAUCGGGUCGGUGAACUACUCGAACAGCUUCCACGUCGCCGCCGCGGCCCAGGCGUCGCGCGAGGCGCCGCCCCUCGCCGAGGCGGUGCCCGUCGCUGACGAGGAGACGCCGCCGGCCUUCAACGACAACCCUUUGUACGACGAGGAGAAGAUGUCGUCGGCCGUCGAGCACGCGAACAAGGUCACGCGGACCUACGGCGUCGAGAUCAUGUCCAUCAACAUCAUCUCCGCGACGCCCUGCGACCAGGCGCUCACGCGCGCGCUCGCGUCGGGCGCCGUCGCGUCCGCGGAGGCGCUCCAGGCCGAGACCGCGGCGCGCGGCCAGGCCCGCGCGAUCUCCAUCGCCGCCGAGGCCGAGGCGUCGCGCUGCAAGAUCGCGGCCGAGGGCGAGGCCAACGCGAAGCUCGUCCACGCGCGCGCCGACGCCGAGGCCGAGCGCACGCGCGCCGAGGGCGCCAAGCAGGCCGCGGACCUCAUCGCGUCGUCGGAAGUCGCCGUCGACCUCGCGAAGAUGGACCGGUCCGCGAAGAUGCUCAGCGGCGGCGAAAAGUACUUCUUCGGCCAGGAGCCGAGCAUGCUCUCCAACAUCGUCCUCCGUUCGGAGCCGGGCACGAUGCGCAUGACGCACCUGAAGGUGAAGCUCAAGUCGAAGCAGCUCCAGGAGAACCGCUUCGAGGAGAUCCGCAAGGACAACACGCUCCUGCUGCGGAAGAUGGCGUCCAUCAUCACGACGCCGAGCCUCGGCGCGGCGGCGGGGCCCUUCCAGCUCUCCAAGUCGCUCAACUCCAUCGGGCGGAAGCGGCACCUCCAGCGCAUCGACAGCGAGAACGCGGCGAUCCUCGACCGCAUCCACGCGGCCAAGCCCACGUACCAGACCAAGGUCUGGGCCAAGGACCGGAGCCACCAGGAGACCAUCAUGAAGCGCCUCGUCAAGGUGCCCUACCACCGCAACGACGACGAGGAGGAGCGGAAGGCGCUCGAGACGCUCUCGCAGCUCCGGUCCGAGUACAGCGCCACGGAGGCGUCGGCGGCGGAGGCUUCCGCGCGCGCGUCCGCCGAGGAGGACUCGCGCUGCGCCGAGGCCGUGCGCCGCGCGAGCCGGCGGUCGAGCCAGAAGCUCGCGGGCUACCGCCGGUCCGGGCGGUCCGGCGGCGACGGCGACUCCGCGACGGCGGGCACGGCCCAGUCCCAGCUCGACGACGCGAGCCUCGGCUCCUCGAACUGCUCGUCCGCGGGCUCCUACGGCGGCGGCGCGCCGCGCCAGCCCACCGCGCGGUCCGCGCCGCGCGACGCGGCCGCGCGCGGCGGCAAGUCCCAGCGCCGCGGCGGCCCCCUCGACGCCGGCGGCGGGUCCGGCGCGCCGCGGUCGCCCGGCGGCAAGCGGUCGACCUUCAAGAUGAGCGGCGCCAAGGACCGCGAGGACCGCGCGCGCGAGCGGAGCACGCUCCUCGCGAAGACGGAGAAGCCCGCCGACGCGGCCGAGUCGUCCGACGGCUUCACCGUGGAGCCGCCGGACCUCGACGCGUCCGACGGCACCUACGUCUUCCGGCCGGGGCGCUUCCCCAUCAAGCCCCCGGACAAGGUGAGCGACGCGGACGCGCUCGACCGCGAGCUGCCGGAGAUCCGCCUCGCGGUGAAGCGCGACCACCUCCAGCUCGUCGACCGCGAGGGCCGCGCCUGCGCGACGACGUCCCUCACCAUCGAGGCCGCCACCAAGGGCGAGAACGUCGAGAUCACCAUCGAGGCCUUCGUCGACGGCUCCGACGCGCCCCACAAGGCCGCGAUCGUGACCAAGCUCCCGACGCUCGCGACCAUCGACCCGGACGCCGCGCGCAACUUCGUCAAGGCCAUCACGUCCCGCGUCGCGCGCGCCGCCGCCGCGGACUACGACGGCAAGCUCCACUCCGACGUCAACCGCCACGCGCUCGCCAAGGCCCUCCGCGGCUACCUCGCCUUCCAGGCCACCUUCGUCAUCGACGAGGAGGAGGCGGAGGAGGACCCGAAGAAGAAAUAA